GAAAACCCUUUGAUUCUCAUCGAUUACUCUUUUGUCUCUCCAAACGAAACUCCACUUCACGUAGCUACAAAAUCAGGGAAGUUGAGCUUCGUGAAAGAGCUCAUUCGACUGAAGCCUGAGUUGGUGAUGGAGCAAAACAACGAAGGGUUUCAACCAUUGGACAUAGCUUCAGGUUUAGGACAUGUAGAGAUAGUGAAAGAGCUAUUAUUGGUAUGGAAUACGACAACAAGUAGUAGGUCUGAGAUAUGUCGUUUGAAGGGAAGAGAUGGAAGAACGAGUAUUCACUAUGCUGUUGUUCAUGACAAGAUUGAUGUUAUGAAUGAAGUGAUUUCUUUCUCAGCUGAAUUUGUUAAGGAUUUGACAGAUUUUGAAGAAACGACACUCCAUUUGGCUGUCAAAUAUUACAGAUUUGAGGUGUUUAAAAAGUUGGUGGAAUGGCUUGAAAAGCUUGGAUUAGAGGAGAUUGUGAAUUGGGUUGAUAGAGACGGAAACACUAUUCUCCACCUUGCUGUCUCUAGAAAGCAACAUGGGAUUGUAGAAUUCCUACUCAACAACAACAACAUUUUCAGCACACUAAAAUUGAAUGAAAGGAACUCAAAGGGUUUAACACCAAUGGAAUUAAUGGAUUUAGUGAUGGAAAAUCCAAGUGAUGUUCAACUCCAUGAAAUCUUGCGACUCGCCGGAGUUGUUAGAGGCCGAGAUAUCAAUACCACAAACACCAUAUCAUCAUCAUCACCACCACUUCAACACUGUAGUGAUUGGAAUCACUCUCAAGAACAAGAUCAAAAGAACAUAGCAGCAAUGGAAGACAAAGAAAAUUAA